AUGUCGUCAAGCCCUUCGAUUAUCUUUUAUCAGGGUUUCAGAUGCACAAAGGUUCCACGGCAGCCUAGGACUGCUGCUGUGAUGUCUCUCACUACUUCCAAAUCCAACUCUCCUCCUGCCUCUACUACAUCGCAGGAAACGGCAUCAAAUCCGACCUCGUUCUCUGAGACCUUACCGCUUGGCCCAUCCCCAAGUACCGAUUCUACAUUCGUUAAAAGUGCACAUUCUACGGCUUCUAGUACGCCGAGUACAAGCACAGCAUCGUUUUUUACAUCCCUCAUUUCUUUACCAGAACUAUCUCCUGAGACACACAACCCAGCCAGAACAGAGAGCUCCACGAUUCCCACCACCCUAGCCACCGAGACUUUGGCAACAGCCCCAACUGCCAUACCCUCGUUACAGCCUCUUCGCAACACAUUUCAACAAGAUCAUGAAGACGGGACUUCACUAAGCGCAAUUUUUGGCAGCUUAUUUGGUGGACUGGGGUUUAUAGCCGUGGUGCUUCUGGUUUUUUUCUUCUACUUCCAACGGCGAUCAAAGCGAAGCUCAUUUGGAGUUUGGAGCUCUCGCGGGAUCCGAGAGACUCGAGCAUCCGCCGGGUCAGUAGACUCUACGACAAGUUUACGCAGGGAGUACCGGUCCGGCAUGUCGUAUCUUUUGGAUACGUCCCCCGUUGAUUCCACCUUCAAUCUCCUCAUCGGAGGCGCAAGUCCAUAUCACGAUCCAAUCUCCCCAAUCUCCCCUCGGGGUCCAAGCCGCUUUCCGGACUCCACAGAGCUAACGCAUUGGGCCGACCCCCCAAUUAUCCCGAGCAUGGCUGGAAACUCGACUCUCAGCCCACUCAAUGGCGAUGCACAGGCAUCUACACCACCGUGGUCGGAAAUCUCUCGAGCAGCAAACCGCGCCCCACCAGACCUGUUACCUCGAAACCCCGGAGACAUAACACGGCCCGAGGAUUCCCAUACCGUAGAUAGGACGUCCAUGCAUAGCGACGACAGCCUGGGCAGCACUCUUAUUCUCCCCGGUCGAAGCAGCACAGGCAGUAGCUAUCGCCGGAUCAGCUUCCCCAUGAUGACGGCGCCACCCGAGAAUGAGCCAUCAUAUCCAAUCGAAGCAGCCACGAGAGACUCGGCGAGGAAUAGCACGCGAAGUGAUCAAUUCGACUUGGAUGUUGUCCGAAUCACCCUGUCCAGGCGGAGUUCUAACACUCUUCCAACCUCCUUAUUAUAG